CCACCCCCUCCAGAUCUCUUGUUCCCGGCGCACCAAUCGCCUGAGCCAAUGGCUGUUGACAAGGAUCCAAACAGCGCCCCAGAGGCAGAAUUCACAGAUGCAAGCGAGCAUUACUAUUGGAUGUACCACUCACUCCUCAACAGACGCCCAUGCACAAGUGAUGGUGUAUUCCUGGUGCCUGGCAUGCCCCCAACUCUUCUGCCACCAAAGUCUCCUAAUGAUUGGAGCCUGUAUCGUAACGACAUAGAAUUUUCAAUGGUGGAAUUUGUAUUCAAA